AGAUUCCAGCUGCAGAUGCUUGUGUUGUGUUGCUGCAGGUGUUGCAGGUCGCUCCCAUGUGCCCAUGGAGAAGGCAGCCUUUGAGGGGUGGCUGGAGUCAGUCUCUGCCGCUUUCCUUACUCUGAACGACCAGCAGCGCAACCGUUCUCUGGACCACCUGAUCUCCCUCAGCGGCGCCGUGCAGCUCCGUCAUCUGUCCAACGGACUGGAGACUCUGCUAAAGCGCGACUUCCUGCGCCUCCUUCCCCUGGAGCUGGCCUUCUACCUGAUCCACUGGCUGGACCCGGAGACCUUGCUCAUCUGCUGCCGGGUCUGCAAACAGUGGAAUAAGUUGAUCAACUCGUGCACGGAGGUGUGGCAGGGCGUGUGUCGGGAGCUGGGCUGGAGGAUCGAUGAGUCCAUCCCGGACGCGCCGCACUGGAAGGCCGUCUACCUGAAGGCCAAACUGCGCAUGGUGCAGCUGCAGGACCAGGAGGCCUUCGAGACGUCGUCCCUCAUUGGCCACAGCGCUCGAGUGUACGCCCUCUACUACAAGGACGGCCUCCUCUGCACAGGCUCCGACGACCUCUCUGCCAAGUUAUGGGACGUGCGCACUGGUCAGUGCAUUUACGGCAUUCAGACGCACACCUGCGCCGCGGUGAAGUUCGACGAACAGAAGCUGGUGACCGGGUCCUUUGACAACACCAUUGCAUCGUGGGAGUGGAGCACAGGAGCUAAAAUCCAGCAGUUCCGUGGCCACACGGGAGCAGUCUUCAGCGUGGACUACAACGACGAGCUGGACGUGCUGGUCAGCGGCUCGGCGGACUUCAUGGUGAAGGGGGGGGCUUUUUCGCCCGGCCCCGCCCUCAACCCCCGGCCCGCCCCCCGGGAGGGGGUCCCCAGGGUGCUGCUCCAGAAGAGUGAGGUGGAGUCGGUGGUGCACAGUCCUGGUGACCACAUCCUCCUGAGUGCUGAUAAGUAUGAGAUAAAGGUGUGGCCCCUGGGCAGAGAAAUCAAUUGCAAGUGUCUGAAGACGCUGUCGGUGUCGGAGGACCGCAGCAUCGGCCUCCAGCCCCGCCUGCAGUUCGAUGGGCGCCACAUCGUCUGCAGCUCCGACCUCGGCGUGUACCAGUGGGACUUUGCCAGCUUUGAGAUCCUCAGGGUGAUAAAGACCCAGGACCCCGGCAACCUGUCCCUGCUCAGCUUCGGCGAGGUGUUCGCGCUCCUUUUCGACAACCACUUCCUGUACGUGAUGGACUUGAGGACGGAGGCCAUCUCGGGCCGCUGGCCUCUGCCGGCCUACAGGAAGUCCAAACGGGGGUCCAGCUUCCUGGCCGGCGUGACGUCCUGGCUCAACGGCCUGGACGGGGACAAUGACUCGGGACUGGUGUUUGCCACCAGCAUGCCCGACCAUAGCAUUCACUUGGUACUGUGGAAGGAGAACGGGUAGCCGCCAACGGGGAACAUGGACCGCCACAGCCCACGUGGGUCACGCACGGACCAAAGCGCCUGGAUUUCAUCCGUUCUGUCCUCCACCACACGAGCAGCCGACAUCCUCACAGGGCCCGUCUGGAGAGACCGGCCAGCCUCCACUUGGUCUCCGGCGGGGAAGCCAAGAAACUCCCAACGACAACGUGACAAAAGCUUCUGCAAUAAACACGGCCCUGGUUUGGUCGUGGGGACGGAGCAACAUCCCCACCUGACCUGGAAGCCACCUUUGACCCACCAGCAGCGCGGGCUGGUCGCCGGGGGCGAUACGGCGGUUCCCCUUGUGUCGCCCCGGCGACCAGCUGAAGAAAGUCAGCCGCUGUGAGCGACUGCUUGAACCUUCACGUGAACGACUGGACGCGCUUGAGAAAUGCGAUGUGCCUUUUCAGUUGAGUGGAUGUGACCCACCAGGCGCUGCAGAUCUUUCCCUCCUAUUUAUCGCCCCUCGUUUCAUAGCUGCGUUUACGCAUCUCCGACCGCGUGGAAGCAUUGAGUUUAUUUUUGUACGGCAUCGCACAGCCGAGGGACUUUCAGCCAAUCGGAUGUGUAGACUUCAGAUUGGAGGAUUUUCCCUCGCGAGGUCGCCAGUUCAACGCCACGUCUCAGUUCUUCGUUAAGUGCUUUUGUUGCCUGACUUUUGCAUUGACGGGCGGUUCCUUUGUCUCGUGUACAGACUAACGAUGUUUCUCACUCACCAUACGGAACACGGCGGAUGUACAGACUGUGUGUGCGCGUUUAGGUUUUUUCAAAUCUAAUUAAAACACCAAUAAAUUGUAUUUUGUACUGUUGUCUGGCCGAUGCACCACAUGACUCAAACACAGUGAUGUUAUAUUACUUUUUCUCCUGUCUAAUAAUUGCUAUUUAUAUUUUGAUAAAUGGCAGAUCGAUCCAUCAGGAUUUGCUAUAAAAGCAUCAUUUACUAAACUGUCUGUGUAGAGACA